AACAUAAACAUAUACAUACAUAUACGUAGGUACGUACAUAUACAAAGGAUCGACGUAUGAACAUUAUAUUUAUUUCUACAAGUUGUACAGAGACGUAAAAUGAGAAUAUUUGCCAUUAAAUUCCUGAUUGUAACAAACAUUAAUUUUCACUAACUGAACAAUUUUCAUGCACGUACUAGCGGCAACAGACGAUCCACCAUGCCUUGUGAACACUUAAAUAGUUAUAAUGAAAAGUUACAUUCAUUUUAUUUAGUUAGCUACGGAGAGAAGUGCCUAAGAAUACGAACAGACAGACUUCUUGGAAAGUAUCGAGAAGUGAGAACAAUAUAAACAAUAUAAACGAAGAAAGUUUGAAAUGGGGUUUUGUAGUGGUCUGCUACAUAUUUUUAACAUUGAUAAAUAUUGUGAAGACCAACAAGAAUGGUAAGAGAAACAACAAGUACAAAGACAAUAAUAAUAUCAUUAAACAGCUUUUACAUGUACGUAGAUCUCUAAGUAGAAUUAAUGUCGAAAGGCCAUUACUCCCUCGAGUAUCUAUACUCAACAAUUUGCUUAAUUAUCGUGCCAUUUUACUCCCUGCCGCAUAUUAUUAACAAUAUGAGAGUAAUACUUUAUUAUAGUGACAUUUUCUCAAAUAUAAAUUCCAAUCAUGCAAAAUCAAAUAACAUAAAGCUUGCCAUAAUUAAAAACUUAAUUUAAUUCACUUUAAUCCGAUCACAAACUUACCUGCUGACAGUGACAGUGCUCCCGGGUCCCAGUAUUUGAGUUCUCUAUAUACUUAUUUUGACAGUAAAACAGACAAUAGAAAAAUAAUAAUAUAUUUUUGGGAAUUCCGGCAUUCUGGAGAUAGGUGCGGUAUCUACUUAGGUAGUUAGGUGCCAUGAUCCUUAUUGAAUUAUAUUAAGAUUGCAGUGUGUUAAUAAAAGUGAUCAUUUGACCCCUAUGAAAUUUUAAACAAAAUAUUAUUGAUUUAAUCUUUAUUUGAAAUACUUGUAGUUUAUAAUGGAAAGUGCCCCCGAUGGAGGAUCACCUGUGUUGGCAACAGUGAUACCACCUGGAAUGAGAAAAGUAAGUUUGUUAUGGAGGUGACAGCAAGAGAAGAGCCCUCCGAAUUGUCUUCCAAGAGUCAGGAGGAUGUGGAGGAAGACCCUGUAGCUGUAAGACAUGAAUUACUACUCCGUGAAAUCGAAGCAAUUGAUGAAUAUUGGGGCCCAACGCUUAGGACAAUUUAUGAUGGCGACGAGCAUGGAAAGUUCAUGGAAAGGCUGGACACUAGGAUCCGGAAUCAUGAUCGAGACAUCGAACGCAUGUGCAACCACCACUACCAAGGCUUUAUUGAUUCCAUCAGGGAGCUGCUGCAAGUACGCUCACAGGCCCACAAGCUCAAGACAGAAGUUGUGAGAAUAGAUGAGGAGGCACAGGAAUCAGCUAAGCAACUACUUGCCAAAAGUGAGGAGAUGAUAAAGACUAGAAAAGUUCAGUCUAACAUUUCUGCAGCAGUGGAUGCACUCACCCUGUGUCUUCCAGUUCUCACCACCUACUCUAAACUUCAGAGUCAAAUGAAAGACAAGAGAUAUUACCCUGCAUUGAAAACUUUGGAACAGUUAGAACACACAUACUUGCCUCGUGUUGCCAGUUAUCGCUUUGCUCAACAAAUGCGUGAUAACAUUCCAAGAGUACGAGAAGACAUCAAGCAAGCAUCCAUGUCUGAUAUAAAGGAUUUCCUUGAAGCUAUUAGAUGGGUAUCAACACGAAUUGGGCAGGUGGCCAUGAAACGUGCUGCCCUUCAGUACAAUAUGGACCCAAAGGUGGCUGUGACCAGGAAUGAAAGACAUGGAACAUUACCUCCAAACCCAUUUACAGGAGAAACAUAUGAGGCUCAGGCUGAGGCCCAGAGUGAUGAGGAAGAAGAAUUGUGUGCUCAAGACCUGAUUGAUUUUACAUCUGUGUACAGGUGUCUCCACAUCUAUACAGUGCUUGGUGCAAGAGACCAAUUUGAGACAUACUACCGGGAGCAAAGAAGAGAACAAGCCAGAUUAGCUCUUCAGCCACCAACAAAUAUGCAUGAAAACUUAGAAGCCUAUCGGCAGUAUCUCUAUGGAGUAUUGGGCUUCUUUGUAAUAGAAGAUCAUGUGCUCAACAUUGGCAAUGGUCUUGUUACCAGAUCAUAUUUGGGUGAAGUCUGGGAAAUGGCAUCAGGCAAGGUUGUUAACAACAUUCGUAAUCAUUCAUCAUACUGCACUGACACCUACCUUAUGUUAAACAUCAAGAACCUCAUCAUGCUAUUUGCACAUACGCUUCAGAACUAUGGGUACACUGUGAAUCCAUUGCAUGAACUGCUGCUGGAGGUGAAGGAUCACUAUAAUGAAGUACUGAUGCAGAAGUGGGUCCAGGUAUUCAGGGAUAUAUUUGAGAAGGAUAACUACCACCCAGUGCAAGUUGAGACACCGGAGGAGUUCAGCCGCAUUACAGAAAUAUUCCCGUACCGUGACCGCAAUCUCGAACAGGCACAGUUUCCCAAGCGCUUCCCAUUCUCCAUGAUGGUUCCAAAAGUGUUCCAGGAGGUCAAGGUGUACAUUUCUGCUUGCCUUGAGUUUUCAGAGGACUUAAAUCUCAGUCAAACAGAAAAGGAAGAUAUGGUUCGAAAGUCCACCAACCUCCUGCUGACUCGAACGUUAAGUGGAUGUCUAGCAACAUUGAUCAAGCGACCUGGACUGCGGCUUCUUCAGCUCAUCCAGAUCACUAUCAACACUCUACAUUUGGAGCAUGCUAAUGUCCUAUUAGAACAUUAUGUAGCCAAGCUGACUGGAAGCAUUGAGGACAGCAGUAAGCCUGGCCUAGGAAGAUUGCAGGGGAAGGCCAUGUUCAAAGAUAUAAGAGGUGAAGCUGAAGAACAAAUUUAUAUUGCUUUGAGGCUGAAGAUUGAUGAAUUUUUGGAGCUAGCUUCGUACGACUGGAUGUUGGCAGAGCCUAAGGGAAUGUCAUCGUCGUAUGUUUUAGAUCUUAUAGCCUUCCUCACCUCUACAUUUACUGCCUUCACCAACUUGCCAGUGAGGGUGGCCCAGACUGCCUGUAUGUCUGCCUGCCAGUAUGUUGCCAAAUCCCUUAUGACAAUGUUACUCAGUGAAGAUGUCAAGCAGAUGUCUCUUGCAGCUCUGGAACAAGUUAACCUUGAUGUCAUUCAAUGUGAACAAUUUGCUGCCACUGAACCAGUUGAAGGAUUUGAAGAGGGUGCACUCCUUAUGUGCUUUGCUGAUCUCCGGCAGUUGUUAGACCUCUUCAUGACUGAAGACUGGUCAACAUAUCUUCAUGAUUAUGGAUCUGAAAAUUCAAAAUACCUCCGAGUCAGUCCUCAUAAUGCCAUAAUUGUCGUAGAAAAGUUGAGAGAAGGUGAGAAGCGAGGAAUGUUCUCCAUCCUUAAGAGAAGUGAUAAAAAGAAACUCUUGGAGACUGUUCUGAAGCAGCUGAAACAACUGACCCAACAACAUGCCUCUUGAGUGAACUCCAAUAUGCAUCCUUGCAUAAACAUUUUUAUUGAAUAAUUUUGCUUUCUUGGUCAUUUUCUUGAAUUUCAAAGUAGCAGCAUCCUGGGAAGAGGAGAAUUACUUGGAUUACUUUCAUGUAUUGCAUCGGUCAUAUUUAUUUUUCCAAAUUGUGUAUCGGUUUCCUUUGACAAAUAAUAUAUAAAUGAGUAAAUAUAUGUAUGCAUUUCUA